AUGGCACCCAAGAAGAAGAAGAACCGUCGCCGGGACUCCAAGUCCAAGACGCAGCCGGGCUCCUCCAGCGGCACCGUCCCGUCUCCGCCCCAAGAUUCUCCCCCGGUCACUACGGAGCUCCACGAUGAAGCCAGCACCUCUCAAGAACCCACCUCUUCCGCCGCCCCCGAGGGUGCAACCCCCGCGUCUCCUUCAGUCGCAUCCGUCGGCCCCCACUCCCGCUCGCAAGGGGAAGAAGUAGUAGAAGAAAGAGGCGUCGACGAGGCUGAUCCCCAGAUGGCCGCUCUUGCAGAUUCUGUAGACAACAUGACGGUCGCCGACGAGUAUGGCCUGGGAUGGCUCGUGCGUGGCAUUGGCACGCUGGGUUCCACCUUCCCGGAGCUAAUGUCGAUGACCAGAGAGUUAGAAGAUUUGCCGGAUAACCAAGAAAGACAGGAAGUAAUGGCUGAUCUCACCGAAUCCUUAGAGGCUGUGGGGAAUAUUUUCAGAGGUUACACCAAUUUGCUGAAGAGAACGGUGAGGAUUCUCGAGCAGGAACGCAGCCACCGCAGAGAAGGCGGCGGCGGUGCAUCUGGCGGCGGCGGUGGCAGCAGUACUGCGGGUGGUGGUGGCGGUGGCAGCAGAACUGCGGGUGGUGGUGGCGGUGGCAGCAGUACUGCGGGUGGUGGUGGCGGUGGUAGCAGUACUGCGGGUGGUGGUGGCGGUGGCAGAAGUACUAGGGGUGGUGGUGGCGGUGGUAGCAAUACUGCGGGUGGUGGUGGAGGUGGCAGCAGUACUGCGGGUGGUGGUGGCGGUGGCAGCAGUACUGCGGGUGGUGGCGGUGAGUCUGGCGGUGCAACCAGCACUUGA